AGAGCAUCUCCCUAAAUUUGGAGGGGAGAGACAGAAAGAACCAUGACACUAGGCGGAGGUGGAAGGGAGUCUUCUCCAGAGCAGAAGGAGGAAAAAGAAAGGAAGAAGAGGAGAAGGAAGAAGAAGAAAGAAGCAUGCAAGACGCGGAGGGUAUGUUCCAACUUGCUGGCACCUUGGCCCGAAGCGGAGAACCCCCCUCCUCCCCCAGCCGACAACAGGCUGCAGACCACCAAAUACACGGCUCUGUCCUUCCUGCCCAAAAACCUCUUUGAGCAGUUCCAUCGCCUGGCCAACGUUUACUUCGUCUUCAUCGCCCUGCUCAACUUUGUGCCGGCCGUCAAUGCCUUCCAGCCUGAGCUGGCCUUGGCCCCCGUCCUCUUCAUCCUGGCGGUCACCGCGGUCAAGGACUUGUGGGAAGACUACAGCCGCUACCUCUCAGACCAAGAGAUCAACCACAUGGAGUGCCUGGUCUACUGCAGGAUUGAAAGGAAAUACACCACCAGAUACUGGAAAGAAGUGAAAGUUGGAGAUUUCAUCCAGCUACGUUGUAAUGAAAUCAUCCCUGCUGAUAUCUUGCUGCUUUCUUCGAGUGACCCCGACGGUCUGUGCCACAUUGAAACUGCUAAUCUGGAUGGGGAGACCAACUUGAAGCAGAGACAAGUUGUAAGAGGAUUUUUAGAACUCGACUCUGAAUUUGACCCGUUGAAGUUUACUAGCCUAAUUGAAUGCGAGGAGCCGAAUAACGACUUAAGUAGGUUUCGAGGCUUCAUUGUGCAUAGAAGUGGCAAAAAGGUUGCCUUGAGUAAAGAAAACCUUUUGUUGCGGGGAUGUACGAUUAGAAAUACAGAAGAAGUCUCAGGAAUAGUCAUCUAUGCCGGACACGAGACGAAAGCCUUUCUCAAUAACAGCGGGCCGCGUUACAAGCGAAGCAAGCUCGAAAGGCAAAUGAAUGUCGAUGUCCUUUGGUGUGUCCUCAUUCUUAUUGUGAUGUGCUUGUUUUCAGCCAUUGGUCAUGGAAUCUGGGUCUGGCAAUAUGGUGACAAAAAGAAGCCUGUCUUUGUUGUCCCAGAUCCCAGAGGAAACUAUUUGCCUCCGAUUAAAGCUGCAGUUUAUUUAUUUUUGACAAUGAUUAUAGUGUUUCAGGUUCUUAUUCCCAUUUCUUUGUACGUCUCCAUUGAAAUCGUUAAAAUAUGUCAGGUGUUUUUUAUUCAUCAAGACAAGGAUUUAUUUGAUGAAGAGACAGAUCUUCAGCUACAGUGUCGUGCUCUGAAUAUCACUGAAGAUUUAGGUCAGAUUCAGUAUAUAUUUUCAGACAAGACUGGAACUCUUACCGAGAAUAAAAUGGUUUUCCGAAGGUGCACUGUUUCUGGCGUUGAGUACUCCCAUGAUGCCAAUGCAAAACGUAUUGCUAUGUACCAAGAAGCUGAUUCCGAGGAUGAAGAAGCUGCCCCUAAACUGGCACCAUUGUCCCAGCGGGAUAGUAUUAGCAGUCACCAGAGCAUUAAGGUUGUCCACAGGAACCAGAGUACGAAAUCUCAUAGGCGCACGGGGAGCAGAGUGGAAGCCAAAAGGGCAAGCAUCCUCUCAAAGCACACGGCUUUUAGUAGCCCCAUGGAAAAAGAUAUCACGCCAGAUCCUCAUUUACUGCAGAAGGUCGACGAAUGUGCGAGCUACCUGGAGAUCACAAGGAGCCACGACCGACCGUUAUCACAGCUGUCCCCCGAACUCUCUGACAUCUUUGACUUUUUCAUAGCACUGACCAUUUGCAAUACGGUGGUUGUCACGUCUCCAAACCAGCCGCGGCAGAAGGUUCGGAUCAGAUUUGAGCUGAAGUCUCCCGUCAAGACCAUCGAGGAGUUCAUUCGGAGACUCACGCCCAGCCGCCUGACAUCCGGCUCCAACAACAGCAGCUCGUCCAGCCUGGCCACCAGCAAAUCGACACAGCGAGCUGGUUCCAGCAUGAUUUCGUCCGCAUCCACGGAAAGCACUUUACUGAACGAAGAAGAAAAGCUAGCUAACUCUCCCCAGGUGAAUAACAAUAGCUACGGUUCCCAGCAGCCCAAAUGGACACUGGGGAAUGGGCCAAGAGAGGGUGAACUACGCUACGAGGCGGAGAGCCCAGACGAAGCCGCCCUUGUCUAUGCAGCAAGAGCCUACGACUGUGCUUUGGUCGGUAGGCUUCCUGAUCAGGUCUCCGUAGAGCUGCCUCACCUGGGGAGACUCACCUUUGAACUCUUGCACAUUCUGGGCUUCGACUCCAUCCGGAAACGGAUGUCUGUGGUGGUCAGGCAUCCUCUCACCGAUGAGAUCAAUGUUUACACUAAAGGAGCGGAUUCAGCUAUCAUGGAUCUCCUUCUGCCCUGCUCUUCAGGUGACCCUAGAGACAGACAUCAAAAGAAAAUCCGAAGCAAAACUCAGAAUUUUCUUAAUCUUUAUGCUGCUGAUGGGCUGAGAACUUUGUGCAUUGCAAAGAAAGUCCUGAGCAAGGAAGACUAUUCCUGCUGGUUGAAAAGUCACAUUGAAGCAGAAUCUUCCAUUGACAACCGGGAAGAGCUGCUGUUCCAGUCGGCCGUUCGGAUAGAGACUGAUUUGCAUCUUCUAGGUGCGACUGGCAUUGAGGACCGUUUACAGGACGGAGUCCCAGAAACCAUUGCAAACCUGCGUAAGGCCGGGCUGCAGAUCUGGGUUCUAACUGGAGACAAACAGGAAACAGCCGUUAAUAUUGCUUAUGCUUGCAAGCUGUUGGACCACGAUGAAGAAAUCAUCACCUUGAAUGCCGAUUCGCUGGAAACGUGUUCCACAUUGCUGGAGCAACACUUGAAGCGCAUCGAGUCUAAAUGUUCAAAUGCAGCUGAAAAACCUACCGGGAACUCACAAGUGAAGUUCACCCCUCUCUAUGUGCCGCCAUCACCUUUGGUGCAUCCCAACUUGGGCUUGGUGGUUGACGGAAGGACCUUGGCUUAUGCCCUCGACAAAGGCCUGCAGGACAAAUUCCUUUCACUAGCCAGGAGGUGCCGCUCUGUGCUGUGCUGCCGCUCAACCCCAAUUCAGAAGGGGAUGGUUGUGAAACUGGUCAGAGACAAACUCAAAACAAUGACUUUGGCAAUAGGUGACGGAGCAAACGACGUCAGUAUGAUCCAAGUAGCUGAUGUUGGUGUGGGGAUCUCGGGGCCAGAAGGCAUGCAGGCUGUGAUGGCAAGUGACUUCGCAAUCCCAAAGUUCCGGCACUUGGAAAAACUCUUGCUUGUGCAUGGCCAUUGGUGUUACUCACGGCUCGCCAACAUGGUGCUGUAUUUCUUCUACAAAAAUGCAAUGUUUGUAGCUCUUCUCUUCUGGUUCCAGUUCUACUGCGGGUUUUCCGGGUCUUCGAUGAUAGAUCAGUGGUACCUGAUCUUCUUCAACUUGUUAUUCUCAUCCCUUCCCCAACUGAUAGCUGGAGUGCUUGAUAAAGAUGUACCGGCAGAUAUCUUAAUUGCUGUGCCUCAGCUCUACAAAAGUGGUCAGAACAUGGAGGAGUACCAGCCACAUAUGUUUUGGAUGAAUAUGAUCGAUGCCCUCUACCAAAGCCUGGUUUGCUUUUUCAUCCCAUACUUCACGUAUUAUGAUUCAGACGUGGACAUAUUCUCCUGGGGAACUCCAGUCACCACCAUUGCUCUCUUCACCAUAAUACUGCAUUUGGCUAUUGAAACCAGAACCUGGACUUGGCUGCAUUUGUCGUCUUGUGUCUUCAGCAUUGUUUUGUUCUUCGUUGUUGCUCUCCUUUACAACGCAUCUUGCCCAAUAUGUUACCCUCCAUCCAAUCCUUACUGGAUCAUGGAAAAGCUGAUGGGAGAUCCUAUGUUUUAUCUGACUUGCCUCAUAACACCUGCUGUUGCUUUGCUUCCCAGGUUCCUGUACAGAACGCUUCAAGGGACGGUGUUCCCCACCCAGCUUCAGCUUGGCCGCCAGUUGUCCAAAAUGCACCCAGAUGCUCGCAACCAGCUUUUAAACAGAUGGCACACCAAGAAGGAGGCCGGUCCCCACAAAUACACCUGUGCUCAUUACUCUCCCGAAACCCCGCAUUUCCUCGUCGGCAACUCUUUAAAAGCCUGUAGCCAAAACAGUCCCUCCGGGUUAUCUCAGCAAGGGAAAGAACAGGCUAAACAACCAAAGACCGUGCCCACCACAGGGUUAAACCCCCCUGCUCUCCCUCUUGGUGCUCAGCUGUAUGAGGGGGACGGGUGUUUUCUGUCGGCUCGCGAUCGAGAGGAAACACCUCUGGGUUUUCACAAAGGCACUUCGGAGCUGGAGCCGAACUUAGUGGAUGAGACGUUCCAAUGGAACUCGACAGCAGACCAGGCGGACUUCGGCUUGUUGAACUGGAUCACAUCGACUUCAUUGUUCAACGGCAUUGAAAGAGAACUGCCCUGGUUAUCCAGCAGUUUACAAAAUGGAAGAUGGGACAAUGCAACUCCUGGUGGCUGCGGUGCUCAGGACCUCAAAGGCUCGGCGGAGCAGGCCUCAACCUGUUUCCAGGAAGAAGGGGGAAAGGCUUCCGAUAGCUGCUUCCAUACAGAACCUCUUGAGUCCACUUGUUUAUGACAUAGGUGUUGUAGCACAUACAGUUGUACCUUGGAAGUC